AUGACUGUUUGUCUUCAGGCACAACAAACCCUUCGAUUUCCUCCUGAGUGGCAAAAAAUGCGGGAUAUUGAGCUCAGUGGUGCUCCACCUCCACAAGCAACAACACGAUUCCUAAAGGUGACGUCUCUUGAUCAUGAAUUACUGAAUGCCGAUAAUUCAGAAGCAACGGGCCUACAGCCAACAUCUGUUGGAAAACCAACUAUUCCAGCAAAGCCAGCGAUUCCUGGAUCGAAAUUGUCCGUACCAGAUGGAGCCAAGGCUGGUGCAAAACCCGAUCUUAAGUCCCCUACAGCUGUGAAGCCUACUGCAAAACCAGGUGCAAAACCAGGACUUCCGAGUCCUACAGCCCCAAAACCAGUAGAGCCAUCAGGUGCAAAGCCUGGAGCCCCUUCAAGUGCAAAAGCAGGAUCUCCCAGUGCCAAGCUGGGACCUCCUGGUGCAACACCAGCAUCUCCAUCAGGUGCAAAACUUGAACCUUAA